AUGUCUCAAACUAUUACUCGAGACAUUACUACACAUUUUACAUGCUUUGUCCCUAUUAAUUACAAAAUUGUUUAUGAAUCUUUUAUUAUAAAAAACAAUAUUCCUUGGUGGAAUAUUGAUUUUGAACGUUCAUAUAUUAUUGUUUAUAAAAAACGAAAUCCUAAAGAAAAAUUUGAUAUGUUAGAAUAUAGCAAAUAUGAAAAAUAUUUUAAUUUUUUUAAAUGUAAAUAUUUUGAUACUCGUGAAUUUUAUCCAUACUUGUGGCAAUAUGAUAAAUGUCAUAAUGAUAAUCGUUGUUCUUUUUAUCAAUGUUGUGAUUAUUUUAAAACAUUACAAAGUAUUGAUAAGAAUCUUUCUGAUAAUGAAAAACUUGCUUAUUUAUCUAAAAAAAAUUCAUUAUUGAGACUUAAAAGAUUAUAUAGUUUUAUGAAACUUAGAUAUGAUAUUUUCUUUUGGAUUAAAAAUUUUUCAGAUACAGGAAUGACACAAUAUAAAGAUGAAGUUAAACUUUUACGUGAUUUUAAAAUAUAUGUAAUAUCUCCAGAAUAUCAUCCAGUUUCACCUUCUGCUCAGUCUAUUGACUGA